CAUAUUUAUUCGUAAUCUUCCCGCCUGAUGCUUUUUGUUUUCAACACAAGGUGCAUAUUGAAUGUAAAUAACUUUAAAAACUUUUAAAAUGACUGGAGAAAAUAAUAUUGAAGAACCGAUGGAAGUAGACAGCACUCCAUCAACCAGCAAGAGUAAUAAAGAAACUUUAAUUUCAUCAGAUAAAUCAACUACUCCGUGGAUCGAAAAAUAUCGUCCGCAAGUAUUUUCCGACAUCGUUGGAAAUGACGACACUGUAUCGAGAUUAGCUGUUUUUGCGCAACAUGGAAAUGCUCCAAACAUAAUAAUUGCUGGUCCACCAGGUGUAGGAAAAACUACAACAAUUCUUUGCUUGGCGCGCAUUUUGUUGGGUCCAGCUUUUAAGGAAGCUGUUCUUGAAUUAAAUGCUUCAAAUGACAGGGGCAUCGAUGUCGUCAGAAAUAAAAUUAAAAUGUUCGCACAAAAAAAGGUGAAUCUUGCUAAAGGAAAGCAUAAAAUAAUUAUUCUGGAUGAAGCCGACAGUAUGACUGAUGGUGCACAACAAGCUUUACGCAGAACAAUGGAAAUUUAUUCGCAUACUACGAGAUUUGCCUUAGCUUGCAACAAUAGUGAAAAAAUUAUUGAACCCAUUCAGUCAAGAUGUGCUAUGCUGCGAUAUGGAAAAUUAACAGAUGCACAAGUUUUAGCAAAAGUCAUCCAAGUAUGCAAUAAAGAGAAUAUAUCACACACUGAUGAUGGUUUGGAAGCCAUAAUUUUUACUGCUCAAGGUGAUAUGAGACAAGCACUCAAUAAUUUACAAUCUACUUUUAAUGGCUUUGGCCACGUUAACUGUGAAAAUGUUUUCAAAGUAUGCGAUGAACCGCAUCCAGUUUUGGUUAAGGGAAUGCUCGAACUCUGUACAAAAGGAGACAUCUCCAAUGCAUAUAAAGGAAUGGAUCAAUUAUGGAAAAUGGGAUAUUCGGCAGAAGAUAUUAUAAGCAAUGUAUUUAGAGUUGCUAAGAAUCUUGACAUUGAUGAACCUUUGAAAUUAGAUUUUAUUAAGGAAAUUGGUGAAACGCAUUUAGGAAUUGUAGAUGGGAUAAGCAGUCUUCUGCAAAUGAAUAGUCUUUUAGGUCGUCUGUGUCGUAGAUCACUAAAGACGUGAAUUCUUUGAGAAUAUCUAUUUAUAUUUUUGUAAUUAAAUUUGUUAUAAUUUUCUAAUAAAAACAAUUAUUUCGUCA